CCUCUUAAGUAGUGUUAGUUAUUCUACUUUGUCCUCCGGCUUGGUCAAUUUGGCAAUUUGUGCAUCAGUAUUUAUAGUUUCUGUGAAGAUAUUAGUUUAUUACUUUUUAGAUAUUAAAUUUAACACUUCCGGACUGGACCUUACCAUAUUAUAACUAAGCUUUAGAAUUUGUUCUCUUGCUAACCUCAAUAUUCACUGAUGGGAACUUAUAUCUAUACCAAAUAGUUUUCUGAGUGAUACUCAAACAAAAUAAAGGAACAUGUUUACUAUAAAUAAAUUUUACUCUACUAUUAAUGUUUAUAGACGGGUUUUCUCAUCAAAGUCAACCAAGAAAGUUGUUCAAAUCUCCAAUAACAAAACUCCAAAAGCUCCUAAGCCCAAGAAAAUAAAAUGGGAGAAGAGAAUUUUUUCUGGAAUCCAACCCACUGGAGUCCUUCAUCUUGGAAACUACUUUGGUGCAAUUGAGAAAUGGGUUGAGCUUCAAAACGAAGGAAACGAUGUUCUAUACAGCAUUGUUGACCUGCAUUCUAUUACUGUUCAUCAGGAUCCAGAAGAGUUGAGAUCAAAAAUAUUGUUGAUGGCUGCCAGCCUUAUUGCUUGCGGUAUCGACCCAGCAAAGAGUGUGCUUUUUCAGCAAUCCAAGGUUCACCAGCAUGUUGAACUGGCGUGGGUGUUGUUUUGUAAUUCAACGAUGGGAAGACUAUCUCACCUUCCUCAGUUUAAAGAAAAGACAGCCUCAAUGAAAGAAAUCCCUCUUGGAAUAUACCUCUAUCCAGUUCUCAUGGCAGCUGAUGUAAUGCUUUACAGGGCUACCCACGUACCUGUUGGUGAGGAUCAGCUGCCACAUAUGAACCUAGCAGUGGACCUGGCCCAAGUUUUCAACAAUCGCUAUGGGGAAACUUUCCCCGUGCCUGAGAUAAUCAUCGAAGAUUCUGCACGAAACAGAGUGAGGAGUCUGAGGGAACCGCUGAAGAAAAUGUCGAAAUCUCACACAGACCCCAAGAGCAGGAUAGAACUUACCGAUACUCCUGAUCAAAUUGUUGGGAAGGUUAAGAAAGCAGUGACUGACUUCACAUCAGCUGUUUCGUAUGAUCCAGUAAAUCGCCCAGGUGUGUCUAAUCUAGUUGCGUUACACGCUCUAUCUGCUGGGAAAACCUUUCAACAAGUUUGCGAUGAAAAUGCUCACAUACAAACUGGCCAGUACAAAAGAGUAGUCGCAGAUGCAAUUGUCGAGAAGUUCAACCCAAUCAGAGAAGAGAUGAAUAGGCUUCUAGCUGCUCCGGAGUAUUUAGAAGAGGUGCUGGACCAAGGAGCUCAAAGAGCGACUAUGCUGGCCGAGAUCACUUGGAUGGAUGUUAAACAAAAGAUCGGUCUACAGACACUACCUCUACCUAGACAUAUAUCAGCUUCUUCUGUGUUAUGAUCAACUGAACGGAGAGUCUGAUGACUCAAGUCUCCUAGUAGAUCUCUGAUUCGAUGCAGAAGAGUUGUUUAGCUUAUGUUCCUCAAGAAAUUAAUCCCUCAAUAGUCAAUGAACAUGUUCUGAGUUCUACUGUGUCUGUUCUUUUUAAUUUAUAAAUUGAAUCUUUUUUUAAUUUAUAUUAUAAUACAGUACAAAACCGAUUAAUUAAGGUUGUUGGGACCGAGACUCCCUCGGUUACUAAGAAUCUCGGAUAACACAGAGGUUGCAUACAUUUUGAGGUUAGGGUUACGGAGGUUAAGGUACCUUAUUGUGAUGUCAAAUACUUGUAAUAAGCAACACAUAGUGAAUCAAAAAUAAUAGUAGCCUAUGUUAUUUUGAUUUUGAUGCAACCUUUUUUCCAAAUAACGUAGUAGGCCUUAAACAAUCGUAAUAGGUAGACGAAAUGAUUGAAUCUGUUACUGAAGCUGCUUAUUUACAUAAGCAAAAUUGAAAACGUGCUGUAAGUCGUUUUGAGAGGUAAUCUUACGUCAUGAAAUGUACCUAUUUUAGUUUUUUCGCUUAAUUUGUUGAUUGAUUAUGAAAUAUGAAGAAAAAUAUAGUUCCAUCACACGGGCCAAAAGUGCCUUUUCCUCGCUCAUUUUCCAACCUCGGUGGAGCUGGGAGGACAUCUUUGUAAAAUAUAUGGCGUUUCAAAAUCGCUAUUUAAAUAUUCCACUCAAAUAAAAAAAAAAUUAAAAUAAAACAUUGAAGUGUAAUACUUUACGUCAAGAACUAAAUUUGUAUCAGAUCCAAGUUGUUUCACGUUUAGUAGGUCCGAUUUGUCAGCAAUGAUUGUUUAAAGAAUAAGAUUUCUUACUAACCUACUUAUUAUAAGUAUUUGGUCCAUUUGUUAAAUGCCAUAAAAAUGGCUAAAAAUGUAGAACUCUUGCGAAGAGAAUUUAGUGUUAAACAAAACCACGAUUACUAAAAAAAACCCGGUAUGGAUCAUAAACAUCAACAAAUGACGUUUUUGGCCCGAAAAUAAACACGAUUUAACAUUGGUUAAAUGGAACUGCUAAAACAUAUGUUCAAUGCUAUUAGUAUAGGAUUCGGGCCAACAACGUCAUUUUGUUUAUGUUUAUGAUCCAUACCGGGUUUUUUCUAGUAAUCGUGAACAAAACAUAGAGAUAUUAUAAACUAGAGUGCAUUUAUUUUGUUAAAAGUUGUUUUUAGAU